GAAUUUUGAUUUGAACUUUCCGCCUCGACUGUCAACGGAAAUAGUCGAUCUCAUCCGAUAUCCCUCUAUUUCAAUAUUGGAUGAUUCUUUUCUUAUUGUUUUAUAAUUCUUCAAAAAUACUCAUAUGAAAACAUAACGACAGUUGAGAAAAGUAGGAACUAAACAUUCGGGUUUGAAACUCAUUUUAAUUAAUUCAAUUCUUUCUAUAAUAUAGAGAUAAAAAUUGAGUGUAUAUUUCUUGUUUUCGUUGUUUGCCUGCAAAUAAGAAACAGAUAGUAAUGGAAAUAGGAAAUAGUGAGAGAAUCACCCAAAUAAUUGGGUUCAUAGGGGGAGGUAACAUGGCAAAAGCAAUUUUCGAUGGGAUUGUCAGUAAGAAACUUGUGGAUACCAAUCAAGUUUUUGUGUCUGGACCUCGUAUAGAACGAUUGUCUUAUUUCAAAGAUCAGGGUGUUCAUAUAGCUGAGAAUAAUCAGAGCCUUAUAAAGUCAUGCGAUGUGAUAUUUAUAUGUGUAAAGCCACAUGUAUUGGAAACUAUUGCUUGUCAAAUUAAUUCCCCUUCAAUUGAUGAUUGGCACAACAAAGUAUUUGUUUCUGUCUUGGCGGCAACUAGUCUAGAAAAAAUCCAAAGUUGUUUCGUUAUGCCUAUGAAAUUGAUUAGAGUAAUGCCAAAUACCCCAUUGGCUGUUGGGGAAGGAUGCUGUGUAUUUACACCCAAGCCUAAUGUGGAGGCGAAACAUAUAAAUUUGGUAAGGAGUCUAUUGGAAUCUUCUGGAUUAUGUCUGCAAGUGCCAGAAAAUCAAAUAAAUGCAAUAGCAGCAGUUUCUGGUAGCGGUCCAGCUUUCAUGUACACCAUAAUUGAGGCAAUGGCUGAUGGAGGAGUGAAAAUGGGAAUUCCUAGGGCAGAUGCUGUCAAGUUAGCGGCACAGACAAUGUUAGGAGCCGCCAAAAUGGUUUUACAGUCAGGCAAGCAUAGCGCCCAACUGAAAGAUGAGGUUUGUUCAGCAGGGGGUACAACAAUAGCUGGAAUUCAUGCAUUGGAGAGAGGAGGAGUUAGAAGUGCCAUGAUGGAUGCUGUUGAAGCUUCGACUAAAAGAGCUAUAGAAAUGGAAUGCAGUCAUAAAUGAUGUAAAUUUGGGGAAGAGAAUUCAGUAAAUUAUUUCUAGUUUGAAGUCUGAAAUAGUUCAAACUCCUGGUUUAGAGGGGAAAGUUACAAGUUGUUAUGAAAAUGAUAAAAAUUAUAGAAUGCAUUUCAAUUGAA